AACAAGUGAAUACGAAUGGCUGAAGUAAGCUUGGGGAUUCUCAUUGAUAUUGUGGACGACGAGUGGAUGAGAGAUACUCUGCCUGACGAUGAUCUCCCGUUACCUCCUGUUCUGGUUGUCCGCACCGAUGAGGCUGAAGAAUCAAAUCAUGAGCCUCAGCCGGUCGAGCAAGAUACCUGGCAUGACCUUGCCCUAGGUAGUCAAUGAACCCUGAAGUCACUUACUUUGGUACGGUUGGCCAUAUGCGCAUUUGGUUUUAUGUAAUUGGAGAGUGAGAUCGUUCCUAUUGUAAGCCCUAUGCAGAAGAGGAUUCAUGAAUUGAACUGAAACACGGCAUUUGAUUCCAUCAAACAGGUUCAUUUCCAUCCAUGUCUGGAGUAUGUCAAGAACUUUGUUUCUUCCUUGGUGUUGAUAUCUAGCAUGUGCAUUUUGCAUGUCCUUUUGCUGUUGGACUAGCUCCCUUGACCAGCUUAGCUGCAACAGUUGGCUGUAGAGGAAUUUCAGAAGAUCCCAACAUGAAUACAAUGACCAAAAUCUGUUCAUAGUCUGACCCUCUUGACUAAACUUGACCUGACAUGGGUGGGUGGGGAAGAGCAGAGCAGGCGACUAGGGUUGUAUAAUAAUUUUAAAGACCUAUUAUCCUAUUGCAUGUCAUUCUUGUUGUUUGGAAUUGUUGGGUUGUUCUGCUAUUGUGGUUUGAGUACGGAGUAUUAUGUGGAUUAGGUGAUU